GAUGAGAAUGCGCUGGAGCCAAAACGCACACACACACACACACACACACACACACCUUACUUUGUUAACUGAGACACUUGAAAAUAUGGCUGUGAUGGAAAGUUUUUUUCUGCUGUUCUCCAGUACAACCAUGCUGCUGGCCACUGUUGGGAUUCUACUUGCCUUGUAUGUAGUUUUCUGCAGCGUUGACGAUCAAAGAAAGGAGCCCCCGGGACCCAGGCCGCUGCCUGUGUUUGGCAAUUUACUGCAGCUGAAUCUUAAGUCAGCCCACAGCACGCUGUGUGAGCUCUCCAAGAAGUAUGGGCCAGUGUUCACGGUCCAUUUUGGACCCAAUAAAGCGGUGGUGCUGGCAGGAUACAAGACAGUCAAAAAUGCUCUGGUCAGCUACGCAGACGUGUUUGGAGACCGAUACAUCCCCCGUAUAUUUAAUGACCAUAUUCAAGGUCAUGGGAUUCUGUUUGCAAAUGGAGAAUCGUGGAAAGAGAUGAGACGUUUUGCCCUCACCACCCUGAGAGACUUUGGGAUGGGCAAAAGAGUAGCUGAGGAGAAAAGUUUGGAGGAAUGCGGCCAUCUGAUCAAAAUGUUUGAAGAACAUGGAGAGAAACCAUUUGAUACAACAAGUCCAGUGAAUUAUGCAACAUCAAAUAUCAUCUCCUCCAUCGUGUAUGGAAGUAGAUUUGAAUAUAGUGACCCCAGAUUCACAAACAUGGUGAAAAGAGCCAACGAAAACAUACAUUUUUCUGGCACUGCAUCAAUCCACCUUUACAACAUGUUUCCCAGACUGUUUGGUUGGAUCAAAAAUCGGCAGCUGAUGCUAAAAAAUAAUGAGAUAACCAUCAGAGAUGUCAAAGACUUAAUCAAGCAUCUGAAAGAGACGUUGAACCCUGAAAUAUGCAGAGGGCUUGUGGACUGUUAUCUGAUUCGGAAACAGAAAGAAGACGAUUCUUUUGUUAUGGACACUCACUUCAGUGAGAAGAACCUGAUAUAUACGGUGACCAACCUGUUUGCAGCUGGUACUGAUACCACGGCAGCUACACUGAGAUGGAGUCUGUUAUUUAUGGCCAAAUAUCCACAUAUACAAGACCAGGUCCAGAAGGAGUUGAGCACGGUGGUAGGAAGCCGUCAGGUCCGGUUAGAUGACCGGAAAAACCUGCCGUACGCUGAUGCUGUCAUCCAUGAGACACAGAGACUGGCCUCCAUUCUCCCCACGUCUAUUCCACAUAAAACCAGCCGUGACAUCACCUUCCAGGGCUACUUUAUCAAAGAGGGGACUACUGUAUUUCCUCUACUUACUUCUGUUCUGCAUGACGAGAGCGAAUGGGAGAGCCCACACACUUUCAACCCUUCCCACUUCCUGAAUGAGGAGGGUAAAUUUGUCAAGAGAGACGCCUUCAUGCCCUUUUCUGCAGGACGCAGGGUCUGUCUCGGAGAAAGUCUGGCAAAGAUGGAGCUUUUCCUCUUCUUCACCUCCCUCCUGCAGCGCUUUCGUUUCACUCCUCCACCUGGAGUUACAGAGGACGACCUGGAUCUGACGCCAUCUGUGGGCUUCACCCUCACCCCGUCACCUCAUAAGCUGUGUGCUGUCAGUCGCCAAUGAGGUGCCUGGACAUUUGUCAUUCACUGAUCCAUGGUGUGAAAGGGAUGUGUGGGGUGUGAGAUUGUUGUUUAGUGCACACACUAAUAAAGAAA